AUGGAAGAUGGUGAGAAGGAGAGAUUGAGGUUUUCUGAAGGAAAAAAUGAUUGGGGUAGUGAUUCUGAGGGUUAUUUGGACGACCUAGUUGAUGAUGAACUUUGCUACUCGUCUGGUGACAUCCCCAAAUUGCAAUUCAGGAAAGAUGUGUCGAAGGCACGGUGGAUCGAGGAUUUGGGAAUGGCCGAGGUGUUGGAGAGAAAGGGUAAAAUGUGGAACACAACUGGGAUAGUUCGUGAUGGCAAACUGUAUUGCUCUAUCGAAGAGACUUUGUUUCUAGCUGAAAUUGGAGCUUUGCAUAUCUUGCAUGGCGAAGAUACAUACCUUUCCUUAAAAGAUUUAUACGAAAGAGUCGCAAAAGGUACAGAUGGACAUGGAUGCUCUUGGGAGUCUUUGGAAGUUUAUCGCCAUUUGAAGGCUCUUGGUUACAUCGUUGGCCGACAUGGUAUCCCUUGGACUUCUAGGAGUACUAAAACUAAUUCCAUUGCUGAAAAUGGUGCGUCUGAACUUGAUGGGACAAGUUGUAACAGGUCAAGUCACGGCAAGUUAUUCUCAUGUUAG